AUAUUAGGAGCCGCUGCCCAAGGCAUUAGAGCACGUUGGGGUUUUUGUGUGUGUGUUGGGAAGAGGAGGAGGAAGAGGAGGGAAGUCUGCUGUAAAAACAAACGGAGCCCAAACUCUUCGAAGCAUUGCAUGCAGUGUGUUGACGGAAAGGCAGGCGGGGAGAAAGCGGUUAGACGUUCUGGGGGCAAAUACCGAGAAAGAAGAAACUCUUCGCUUCGGUCGCAGAGGACUUUUGAAUGGAUGCGUGACAUGAGCCAUCCCCUAUGCAAAGAAAUAGCAAACUCCAAACCUUUCAGACACCAAGACGAUGGCAAGUCUCUCUGGCUUGAUCCGAUUCGGGGGGCAACUCGUCUGUUUACUCGUCUGUUUACUGAUGGUUUUCAGCAAUUCUGGAGUGCUGGCCCGGCGGAUCUGCUGGCAAGCAAUCAUGCUGUGCCAGCGAGAGCCCGAUUGCAGCUUUGCCUACGAGCAGUACACUGAGGCUUGCAGGUCAGUGUUAAACCUGGAGACCAGGCGGUGUCCCAGCCACUGCUUGUCGGCUCUCAUCCACCUCAACCAAACGCAGAACGGACCCAUGCUGGAGAACUGCGACUGCGUCCACGACGAGCUGUGCAAAAGCACCAAGCGUGCCAUCGAGCCCUGCUUGCCUAGGACCCGAAACCGGGACGGGGUAAUGGGCUGCACCGAAGCCCGCCUGCAAUGCGAGAUGGAUUCACAGUGCAACAACGCCAUGCGCCGCUACCUCCAGAACUGCGGCAAACUUUUCAACGGCAUCAAAUGCACAGAAUCGUGCCGCGAAGUAAUCGAGAGCAUGCUGGUUAUCCCGAAAGCUUUGCUUCUCAAGGAGUGCAUCUGCGAUGGAUCCGAUCGCCCCAUUUGCGAGGCGAUUAAGGACAACAUGGCCAGACUUUGCUUUUUUGGACCCGAGCAUAGCUCUGGUAGUAGCGGCUCGGACAUGGAGCCGGAUGAAUACUGGGACUAUGAAGAUGAUCCAACAGACAACGUUAUCGGCUAUAAUGAUGAUAAUAAUAGAGGCACGAAAAAGUACGCUUCAAGCGCCAGAGACUCCUCUACCGUCCAAGUGCCUAAUGUUUUGACUUUGAUGGCAUCCAUUUUACUACUACUACUACUGAUCGCCCGGUUAUAAUUGAACAAUGCAACUUUUAUAUUCUUAUUCAAUAAAGAAGCGCUGCACUGCCAUCUACAAUAUAAAAAAAAGACAAUUUAUAGACUUUUUAUAUAAAUUUUAAUUCUGGUAAGAUUUGUUUGUAUUUCGUUUGCAUCAGAGAUAUGAAAUUAUUCUCUGGUGCAACUAGUAUAAAUCUUAUAUGACUGGUGUUUUUUAACCAGUAGUUGUGUGCUUGUGUAUAAAGUUACAUUUGGAGAAUAAUUUAUUGCAAUAUAGACUUAACCACAUGGCUUUGAUUUUGCAUCGAGCAGUAAGUGAAUGCAUUGAUUUUACCGGCUAUGGUGCAAAAUUUCAAUACUUUUUACUAAAGGGAAAUGGAUUUAUAUUGAACGAUCGACGUUACCAAUUGAACAAUAUAAGAUGCGACAUAUAGAUUUGAAAAAUCUUUAAAUAUGUAUUUUUGGAAAACGAAAGAUAUAAAAAUUGGCUUUGAUAGAAAUUGUUCUUUUAAAAUAUUUUGUAAGGUUGCCAUUAACGUUGUAUUUUCAUAGAAGCCAUAAAGAGUCAUCUAGUUCAAAACAAUGCCCCAAGACCCUGUGUGUGCGUGUGUUGGGUGAAUGUGAAAAUAUUGGCGUUUCGUUGUUAAUAUUAAUAAGGUGUUUCGCGAACUUUGUGUUCUCCCAAACAUCCAGAGGCUUCGAGCUUGCUGUUUUCACAGCUGACAGCUGGGUCGAGUUUUGACUUUCGGAUAAUUGUGUUUCUUCUGCCUUUCAUACUUUUAUUGCAAGUUGCUGUAGAAAUCAAUAGAACAACCACCUUAUUGAAAAAAAUAAUUCUAAUGCACGGAGAGGCGGAACACUACAAUUGCACAGUAAGCAAUAUUAACAGACAUGCUGAGUCCACACUGGAUGUUUUGUAUGAAGUUUCCGAAGAAACAUUUAAUUUUCUCAUUAUAUUUUGGGAGAUUUAUCUUUUAGUUGCUGCAUAAUGCAACAAAAGGCAGAGUUGUCUACAUAUUUCCAGUGUAAAUACCUCUGAGCAUAAUGUGUAAGAAAAUCUGUUAUAUUUCACUUUUUAACAAAAAAAAACUAAACCGACAAUUGCAUGUGUUGUGGAAUGCAGCCGGUCCACUUGUUUGACCCAUGUGCAUCCACGAGAUGUCUACUUAGUUCCACGGCUGUAAGGGAAAAGGGUCAAAGAUGAGGAUCAUCACAAAAAAAAGCAAAAUACAUCGGAGAAACCAUGCAUAUAAUGUAAUGUCUUCUACUCUGAGUGGCUUUGAGGGCAUUCAGGCUGGGCUCCUGCCAGGGCUCCUGAUCUUCACUCAAACGCCCUUAGAUAAAUAAUUACACUCUUAAGCGCCCGUCGAGUGCUGGUAUACUUGACCUUGUAAAUAAGAGUGUUUGCAGUAAGAAUAAGCUCCAUCGCUUGAAAUCUUUAAACAUUUAACACAAAGCAGGCCCAGUCCUCUGGGGGAUUGCCCGUGCCUCCUCAAGUAAGUCGCGCCACAUCAGCCUUGCAGAACAAGUUUAUUUAUCUUUUCUCUUGCUGUUUAUUUUAUUCUUCAAUGUUGCGGUUGGAAGCCCAGUCAAAAGUUUAACUGCGCCCACAAAUAAACUUACUUUGGUUGACGGAUUUGUUUAACGACCGCAACCCUAUUAUGCGGAUUUUACAUAAAGGGAAACCUGUAUGCUUACAUUUGUAACCGCUGUAAGUAGCUGUUUGCACACCUCUUUAUAUGUACUUUAAAGUGGGUAUGGUCUUCCCGGAAGCAUCUUUCCUCACCUCGCAUACACACUGAAGUAAAUUUAUGUUUUAAUCUUUUGCAAA